AUGAUUCUCAUUUCCCAUGAUGUCUCUGAAAGUGAUCAUGUCACCACCACAGACCCUGAGCCAAAUCAGGGACCAUACGAUGACAUACCACAAUGCAUAAGCAAGACCAUGACAAAAUUUAGUACAGCACGAGGUUAUUACCAAUGGAACGAACAUAAAGCCAACAAAGCAAUACCCGCGGCGAAAAAUGGACAUCCGCAUCGUCGCUUGGAACAUGGAUAUCGGCGCUCCGUCCGCGUCCGUCACUCGACCCCCCAUCGAAACAGGCCAUCGAACGAUAUGCCCCUUUCCCGCCUGAAAAAUGCAUGA